UCAAUGGUGUGCUCACGGUGCUCACGCCUCGCCUCGCGAACCAUGCCGCGAACAGACUUGCGGACACGCUUGCGGAUGGCGGUUUAGCUAAAUAUUCCAGCGACACGUCGGAUCACCCGCGAUGCACUGGUAACGUACCAUGAAAACCUCGCAUAGAACACCCAACAUCACACCACCACCAUAGCUAAAUAUUCUCUCAAGAAAGCUGUGUAUCUUGUUGGACGUCCGUCGAUGGGCACCAGCUGUUACUCAGGUUCCCAAUUAACAAAUGGCAACAAAUUCGGCUCACAUAGCGUACAUGUGCAACAAGUGCCAGUCGACAUUUUCUCAGCUGCACCCUCUCAGGCAGCAUCAUGUGGAUGUACAUAACUUCCAAGUGAACUAUGAAACUCACGAGUUCAAUUCUGAAGCUGAUUUUCAUGCCUGGAAAGAAGAAAUGCAAAAGGCAACCAGGAGCCACUUUAUUAAACGCACAGGAAAAAAAAGAUUGAAAGAUGGAGGUUCAAAGUGUUACUAUAUUUGUAACCGAUCAGGAGCCUUUAUAGAGAAGACACAGCACCGGAAAAGAUCCAUAAAAUCACAAGGGUCAGUCAAGUGUGGGUCAACCUGCCUUGCAGAUAUGUCUGCAAUAUUCCAAAAUGGCAAGGUCUCAGUUGUCUUUCAAGCUUCCCAUUAUGGACAUGACUUUGAGCUGUGUCAUACCCUACUGACGAAAACAGGGAAAGAUGCAAUAAUAGCUGGAAAACUACGUGACGAUGUUGCACCCAGUGUUGCGUUUGACGGUAUCCGGGGCAUGCUGGACGACACAUUUCAAACGAUUCACCUCACCGCAAGGCAGGCCCUGCACAACAUCAUGAUGGACUAUAAAAUAUGUUAUGAUGAGAGGAAGCACGAAGACGAUCACAAUAGCGUUGCCCUGUGGGUCAGUUCUAUGAGAUCACAAACAAACAAUCCAGUGCUUUUCUUCAAGCAGCAAGGCGAGAAGGAUGACCCUACUGUCUUUCAACGAGGAAACACUGACUUGUUGCAAGAUGAGGAUUUCUUGCUAGUGCUCAUGACAGGUGUGCAAAAACAAUUGUUAAGGCAUUUGGGCACUGAGAAAGUGUGCGUAGAUUCUACACACGGCACCACAGGCUUCAACUUUCAACUGGUUGCACUACUAUGUGUUGAUGAAUUUGGAGCAGGUGUGCCACUUGCUUACUGCAUAUCUAAUAGGACAGACUGUGUUGCCCUCAAGUUGUUUUACAAAUGCAUCAAAGAAGAAACUGGACCACUUCACACAAAGGUCUUCAUGAGUGACAGUGUCCCUGCCUUCUAUAAAGCCUGGGAGGAGACCAUGGGCCCCGUCCAGAAAAGGCUGCUGUGUGAAUGGCACAUAGACAGGUGCUGGAGGAAGAAUAUCGCCAAGUACAUUUCUUGUAAAGAACAUCAAGCACAUGUGUAUAAGGUACUACGCACUCUUCUCUCAGAGACGGAUGUAGAUGUUUUCAAAAAGCUGCUCGACGCCUUCCUCAAUGAUUGCAAAGGAGAACACGUGCAGGACUUCAGGAAAUAUUUUGAAAAAAUGUAUGCUGGGCGACCAGAGAUAUGGGCAUACUGUUAUAGAACUGGUACCGGGCUAAACGAAAAUAUGCAUCUCGAGGUAUUCCACCGGGUUCUUAAGUGCUGCUACCUUGAUGGCAAGAAGAACAAAAGAGUUGACAAACUGAUCUCCACUCUCCUUCGGUUAACACGAGACAAAACAUUUGAACACGUUGUUCAGCUGGCAAUGGAAAAGCCCUGCUCGUACCUGGCAGCCAUCAACAGCAGACACAAGAGAGGAGAGCAGAUAAAGCCAGAUGAUGUUCACCAAGCAGACAUUGGUCAAUGGAAAGUGAAAUCUCAGUCUUUUCCUGGCACACACUAUGUGGUGACGAAAAUGACAGCUGACAUCUGUAACACAAGCUGCAGAAUUAUAUGUCGACCAUGCAGUGCUUGUAUACAUGCCUACAGAUGUUCAUGCCCUGACAACCUUGUGCACAUGAACAUGUGCAAGCACAUUCAUUCAGUUGCAUUAUGGGACACCGCCACACCACCAUCAAGUGCAAGACCAGAUGAUGAUGAUGAUGAUGGUACUGAUAUUCAGUGGCAUCCACAGGAGGACACUGAGGUCUGCAGCCCAUCAGCACUGAUGAGAUGUCAAGGACAAGCAGAAGAAUCUGCCACAUUAGAUGAGUGCAAGAUCCUUGUUGAAGCUGUAUCAAACCGCCUCAGCAGCCCAUUAUGUGUGAAGACAAGGCAGGAUGUUGCAAGAAUGCUGAGGGAGGUUCUCUCUGUGAUGUCAGCAGAUGAAAAUGAUGCUGAACCCGCUGCGACACCACCAAACAAAACAAUGUCAAAACAUGUGCAAACAGUGCCAAUAGUUAAAAUCUGUGCAGCCACGUCAAAGCCAACCUUUGCAGAAAUGCAAAUGAUUACAAGAACAUUUCUAGAACCUGAUGUUCCAACUACUUCUGAGGAUUCAGAAGAUCAUGCAUAUGCGCAAAAAUAACUACUAUAUAUAGGAUGCUCGCAAAGUUUUAGAUGUUCAUGUGCCUUGCCUCAGCAACUGAGUUCCAACGUACACUUAGUUGCACUGCUUCGGUUCAUUUAAUUGUUAGCAUUUGUGACAAGAGAGGCAAAAGUCUUGAAGAAAGUUGGAAUUAGAAAUCAUGCCUACUGAGUUCUGCAAUUAAUUCUUAUCAAGGGAGUUAAAUUUGUUUUUGGUUUUAACUAGGUUCUUACGGCACUUUUCUGCUUUUGUUCCACAGAAGACUGUCACUCCACUCGGUAUUAUUGUGAACCUCUACCCAAUAUAGGCCUGUCAGAUCACACAGUUCGGCUGAUUCAUUUUAUGAUGCUUUGUUUCACAAUUCAAGGAAAUGUAUCUCUACGGUGACCUCAGUGAGCAAAUAACGCUGUUGGCCGAGUUUUGAGCAUUUUUGCUAGUCUCGUUGAUCCUUUCCAGUAUGAGCUUGUAAUAAUAACCUGUAAUAAUGAGCCUUUUGGCUUGCACCUUUUCAGCCAUUGCAUCUGGGUCCUUGACAAUUAUUUUCAGCACAUUUAGAGAACAGCGUACUCUGACCAAGCCAUCAUCAGCUUCCAAUCUGCCAGACAAUUGUGCACCAACUAUUCUUUUUGAUGCUACAGGUUUUCCCGCUCAUUUUAAUCCAUUGGUUACUCAAUUUAAUCCCAGUUCUACCCAAACCCAAUUUAAUUCAAUGGUCAUCCAAAUUAAUCCAGCACCAACCAACUUAAUCCAAGCAACAAUAUAUUCAUAAUUCUUAUCAUGACUACAAAUUCUAUUACUACAGUAGUUUUACUCUCUGCAAUAUUCUACGCAAGAAUCCAUGACUACUGCUUGUCUUUAUGAUAUUUCAUGACGAUUUCUGACGAGGGGUCAUAACUCUACUUUGUACGACUACAACUAGUUGAAACUGUUUUGUGAUGAUUCAUGACUACUGCUUGCCAUUAUGACAUUUCAUGACUAUUUUGGACACAGAGGUCAUAACUAGACUGCAUGACUACAGCUGGUUCAAUCAGUGUCGAGCAAUGAUUUAUGACUAUACUGCUUGUCAUUAUGACAUUCCAUGACUAUGCCAUGAUAUAUGCCAUGAAUCGAUUUUAUGGGACUACCGCUCGUUCAAACAGUGUCUAUAGUGUUUUGUGACUAUCAGCAGUCAUUAUGACAUUCCAUGACUAUUUUCAUGAUGUAACAUGAAUCGAUUUUAUGGGACUACCGCUGCUUCAAACACUGUCAUAUAGUGUUUUGUGACUGCCAAUGGUCAUUAUGACAUUCCAUGACUUAUACAUUAUAUGUGCCAUGUGUGUGAUU